AUGUUGUCAGAACAAUCUCAGCAAAGUGAACCUUUUGAGGUCAUCGAUGAUAAAGAGGAGGAUAGCACGCAAUCAUCGGGAAGAGAUUCACAACCAUUGGAAAGCAGGCACCCUUUGGAUGAAUUCAUUGCCACUACAUUUGCAACCCUCCCGGCAACAUGUGAGUGCCCUCCCAAGAUAAUACUCGAAAAGGAAUGCAGCUGUCGAGAUGACCUCGAAAACGAGACCAAUACAGUGAAGAUCUCUAUAGAAUCGUUUCGAACUCGUGAAUAUAAACCCGAACGCAUCAAGACUUUACUUACUGUUCUAUGCUUUCUAAUAGUGAUGCUCAUCAAUCAUUUUGUACUGGCUGUUAUAUCAGACAUAAUUAGCCGCAUCCCUCUUCCUGAUUUAACGCAUUCGCUCAUAAAACAAUACGACACUCCAAGACAUUUGUCGGACAUCUUUGCUUCAGCAGCACUAGUACUGCUUUUUAUCAUUAUAAUUGUAUUUCACAAGCAUAGGUGGAUUGUAUCCAGACGCCUCUUUUAUAUAGCCACUGUGCUUUAUAUCAUGCGCGCUGUCAGCAUUUGUCUCACACAUAUUCCGGCAAGUUUCUCUGCUGAAACCGACAUCUGCGUACCUCCAAAUCCAGAUCCGUACCCAUCAUUCGAAAGUGUUUACAGCAAAUUCUUGAGUAUAGUGACAACGAUGGGACUUCAAGUGCAAGCACAUGACAACAAGAUCCAUUGUGGUGAUAUGUUGUUUUCCGGCCAUGCAACAGCAAUAUCCAUCAGCUGCUUUUUCUUAAACUACUACACGCCGCAUUCGAUGUGGCCCUUGAAGCUUGCGGCGAUCACAUCAUGUAUUUUUGCGAUGAUUUGCAUGGUAGUAUCCAGGAUCCAUUAUUCAGUUGAUGUGGUGAUGGGCUACUGGAUCAGCAGCAUCAUAUUCAGCGUCUAUCACGGUUUCUGUGAAGUUCCUCACGUUUUGCGCCCUCGCAAUCGACCAUUUCGACGACUUUUCAUUUUCUGGACAAUGUACGAGUUGGAACAUAAUGUACCCGAAGGAAGGAUUCCAAAUGAGCUCGAAUGGCCCUUACCUUGGCCACAGAUGUUCGUGGACAAAUUCGAAGAAUGGAAUCGAAAAUCAAAUAAAUCCAUAACGGGAAAAAUUGCGCUGUGGUUGACUGAUCACCGGAUUAAGCUGCACUUUUGA